UUAUAGCACACAGAUCUUAUUUAGUUCUUUGUUUCUAGUUUCUAGUUUUUUGUUAUUUCUGUUUUUUUGUUUUUCGUUGAUGGAUAAUGUGGUAACACCGCCAUAUGGUAAAGAGGUGUUGGUUGGCAAUUGGGUGGAUCGUCGCUAUACGUUCGAUGAGAAGAGCAAUGGCAUACUGCCCGGUCUCAGCGCUCUUGAGGGCUGUGAAAAGCAUCUGUCGAUCAGCCAGGAGUCGUACACGGAUGCAGCACAGAGGAACGGGGAUAGAAUGAUCUCCUUCGGAGAGGUGCGAAGGUCACGCAUGCGCAACUUCUUCGCGGGCACCACGUCCAAUGUCAUCUUCAUAGACGAUCUAACAAUGAAUGACAAUUUCACAACUACAAACACCUUGUUCUACGAGCUGCUUCCCAAGCUCAGCCAGCAGCAGCAGCAGCACGCCAAGAGCAAAUCGGAGUCCUCUGGCAUACCCGAGCAUCAGCAUCAGCUAAACAUGCUGUUGAGCUAUGGCAAUCUGACCAAGACCGUAGGUAUUACAAAGAAUGCUCAAAUUGACAGACGCCUCGAGAAAGCGCUGCGUAUGCGAUCCAUAUACGACACAUCCUAUAAUCACUACCCAAAGACCAGGACGGAUUUCCGUACAUAAUAGUAAAGAGUAGAACAGACUACAUACUGAGGCUGUAUCAGAAAGUAAACAAGUUGAAGCUAAUAAUAAAACGGAGCUGGGAACACAGCAAAAUAGGUGUGAGGCUAGGCCAAGCGAGUGCUUAUGCUUCGCAUCUAGCUCCACAGCUGUCUUGUUGAGUUCAAAGUUCAUGUGAAAUAUAA